UCCCUCCGCCCGGCAGGUCCCAGCAGCGCUGCGAUGGUUCAAAGAUCCGCGGCCGCGCUGCUCACGAGGACCCGGCAGCUCCGUCCGCACGCGACCAGAGUAGCGAUGAUUCACAGGUGUAACCUGCAGCAGAAUCACUGAAGAUUAUCCGAAGGCCUUGGCCGAUACCCCAUCCCUUUGGAUUUUUGAGUGCACACCUGAUGCCAUGUCUGCUUUAAAAGCUGCAGUGACGCUGCUGAGGUGUGCAUUCCUCUUUCACUGCGCGAGUGUUAGCUUGAGCCAGCCCGACUGCACCGGCGCCGACUGUCCCCAGCUGGACAACUGCAUUGAAGAAGUGCUGGAGCCCGCCGGCUGUUGUGUCUCGUGCCUGCAAAGGGGCUGCACGUGCGAGGGCUACCAGUACUACGAUUGCGUCAACGCCGGAUUCAAGAACGGCAAGGUGGCCGAGGGCGACUCGUACUUUGUAGACUACGGCAGCACUGAGUGCUCUUGCCCCCUGGGAGGGGGCCGGAUCAGCUGCUACUACAACAGCUGCCCAGACAUGCCCCCCAACUGCAUCGACGCGUCGGAGCCGGUCAACGGCUGCGCGCAGUGCGAGCGCGUCGGGUGCGUCCACGGCGAGCAAAAGUACGAUGCCGGGCACUCCUUCCACGUUGACCCCUGCCGGGUCUGCCACUGCCCGAGCAAGGGCGGAAAGGUAAUGUGCUACCCUGUGCCAGACUGUGACCCGCACCAGGUCCAUAAACCAAUGUUCGCUGCACCAACAGGGGGCGACACAGCGAGCAGGCCUAACAGUUACCCCUACCGGUUUGACCAAUUGGAUCAAUUGAUCCCACCGCAACACCUUCCCCCCAACGGGAAUCUUCCUCUUUUCAAACCAUUGCCUUUGGAUAAGGACGACCCCGAAGAGUACGAUUACGGUGCUACGGCCUUCCCAGACCCCUACCUUCAGUCCCUAGUCUUCCCCACCCAGUCGUCCCCCUCCGAGAAGGUCAUCUCCGUGUCUCGAGGCUCGGAGAGACCUGACCAAACCUCUGCCCUCCAGAGCUUCGAAAGACACAGCAAGCUGGAGCUAAGAGAGCGACACGGAGUCCAUGUCAAUCCGGCUGAGAGAGAGGACCUGGCAGAGAGCCCCCCGAGAGCCCAGCGGAGCACCAGCAGGCCCCGUGUGCACACUGCCUCUCUGCAGCCGCCGCAGGGUUCAACAAGUGCGCGAGGUCUUUUGUUCAGUGACCAGACAACACAGAAAUAUUUAGAGAAUCCAUUGCACGCACUCAAGGGCGUCGUAUUUCCACUGAACGGGGGAUUGGGGAGUGAAAAAGAUCCAGAGUAUCCCCAAACAAGCGCAGUUCAUCACCAGAGAAGCUCUGAGAUGAAGACACAUCACCAAAAUGCUUCAGAUAGUGUGACACCCACUCGUCCAGGGACUCCGAUGAACAUUAGUCAUCCAGUGAGAGGUACGCACACUCGAAACAAUCAGCAGAGAUUAUCAGACACAGAGGAUUUUCCGCUGUACUUGCCGAAAAGCCCAGAGAGCACAAUCCAUCCCGAGGCCACAUCAAACGGUCAAAAAGAUUUACAGGGGACGGGCCAAGCAGACAUGGAGGAAGAAAUGGAGGCAGAAGUGAUUGAAGAGGCAGAGGAAGAUAUAGUAACAAUUCAUGGUGUCACCGAGCCCGAAGGAAGAGAUGUCCUCUUCCAGACAAAGUCAGCACAACAGGAGGAAAGCGACGUGGAGUCAGAAAGCAGCAACCUAGCGAGCCUUUACCCAGAGGCAGCACCUGAGCCCAGCACCAGCCCCCCCAGGAGGCCUGAGUACCCGACAACCCCGGCGUCCCUCCGCGUUACCGCUUCCCAGCCGCCAGCGGGAGUUGAGCUGAAUAAGAGCGAGUCCACCGGAAGGCCGGAUCAGGAACUCUUUAAACUGCCUGGUGCAGACCAGGUAGAGGUGACGGAGCCAGAGGAGGGGAGGAGUUACCCGGAGGUCAAACCAGAUGGAGGUCCGGGGGCCUCUGUUGAAGAGCAGCUGCAGAGCUGCUGUGCUGCCGGCCAGAAAUGGGCCUCAGAAAAGCACCACUGCGACCACAUGACACCGCUGGACCAGGACGUAUGCAGUGUUGCGUGGAAGCAGUGCUGCCUGAGCUCCGUAAAGGAGAGGCGGUGUGCAUCGGGCAUGGCGUCGGCCAGGGGAGGGGACACCUGCGCCGUGGAGAAGGAGCACCAGUGCACGGAUGACUCCCACCAGGUGUGCUGCAGCUGCUGUGCCCUCGGCCUGCGCCUGCGCAGACGAGGCCGGGGCUGUGACGCCCACCAGCACCUGGGCUUCCCGUGCGGUCACGUCUUCCUCGCCUGCUGCGAGGACGAGGAGGAGGAGGAGGAGGAGGGUGAGAGUCAGAUCCCGCUGAGGAGGAAGCUGAAGCCCGGGCCGACGUCUACGCCUAGUAAAGUCUCUGACGGCAAGUUCCCCAACGAGGCCUUCUCCAUCGGCGCCGCGGAUGAACGCGCCAACGCAGUGGGGGAUCCGGAGGACGUGGAUGAGUGCCGGCUCUUGGCGGGCCAGCUGUGCCAGCACACCUGCACCAACGUCUGGGGCUCCUACCGAUGUGGCUGCGACCGAGGCUACGUCCUCCAGCGGGACGGGCACUCGUGCGCACCGGUGAGUCCCGAUGAGGACAACGGAGUCCCAGAGUACGGCCCCGCUGCGGUCCCAACCCAGGGGGCCUUAGCCGGAGGGACCACUCCCGGCCUCGACCCAUGUGCAGAAAACGGGCCCUGCGGUCAGCGGUGCGCGGUGGCGGCGGGCCGGGCUCGCUGCUCCUGCUUCCCGGGCUUCUCGCUGAAGACGGACGGACACACGUGUGAAGACAUGGACGAGUGUGCGACCGGCGCCCACGGGUGCCGGCCCGGCGAGCACUGCGUGAACACCGUGGGCUCAUUCGCGUGUGAGCAGCGGGUCGCCUGUCCCGCCGGGUACCGGCGGAGGAACGGCGUUUGCGAGGACGCGGACGAAUGCGCCCUGCGGACCCAUAACUGCGGAACGGGCUUCGCGUGCCAGAAUACCGCCGGGUCUUUCCUCUGCAAACCCCGACACAAGUGCAUCAGCGGCUUCACGCAGGACUCCCACGGCAACUGUGUCGACGUAGACGAGUGCAGCAGCCUGAGCGAGCCGUGCAGCUCAGGCUUUAACUGUGUCAACACAGUGGGCUCCUACACCUGCCAGCAGAAGGUCAUCAUGUGCAGCCACGGCCACCACGUCGGCCCCGACGGAGCCCGGUGUGUCGACAUCGAUGAGUGUCAGGUGGGGACGCACCGCUGCGGGGGGGGACAGAUCUGUCACAACCUCCCCGGCAGCUACCGCUGCGACUGUCAGACGGGCUACCAGUACGACGCGCUGCGCAAGGCCUGCACAGAUGUGAAUGAGUGCUGGCGCCACACCGGCAGGCUGUGCGCCCAGACCUGUGAAAACACGCCGGGCUCCUACCGCUGCUCGUGCGCCGCCGGCUUCUCCCUGGCAGCCGACGGCAAGAACUGUGAAGAUGUAAACGAGUGUGACCAUAGUCCCUGCAGCCAGGAGUGUGCCAACAUCCAGAGCUCGUACCAAUGCUACUGUCGCCAAGGCUACUUCCUGAAAGAGGACGGACACACCUGUGAAGACAUCGACGAGUGCUCACAGAGCAUCGGGAACCUUUGUACCUUCAAGUGUGUUAACGUUGCUGGCAGCUACCAGUGCGCCUGUCCUCCUCGUGGAUACGUCAUGUCUGCUAAUGGACGCACCUGCAAAGAUUUGGACGAAUGCUCAGCCGGCACCCACAACUGUUCAUUGGGACAGAACUGCUACAACCUCCAGGGGGGGUUCAGAUGUCUCUCCUUGGACUGCCCUCCCAACUACAAGAAGGUGUCGGACACCCGCUGCGAGCGGACCAGCUGCCCCAGCAGCUCCUUGGACUGUCAGAAGGCCCCGGUCCGCAUCACGCACUACCAGCUCAGCUUCCAGACCAACAUCAUCACCCCCGCCCAGAUCUUCCGAAUCGGACCGUCCCCCGCUUACGCCGGCGACCACGUCGUCAUCAGCGUCGUCAAGGGCAACAAGGAGGGCUACUUUGGCACCCGGAAGCUGAACGGCUUCACGGGCGCCGUCUACCUGCAGAGACAAGUCCGCCAGCCCAAAGACUUCCUGAUAGAUGUGGAGAUGAAGCUGCUGAGACAGGGGACGGUCACCUCCUUCCUGGCCAGGAUCUAUGUCUUCAUCACGUCCAGCACCAUGUAGCACCAGGGGAGACUCGCAGGGGGGCAAAGAGGGUUACGGUGCUAUUUUUUGACACAUUCCACAUUCACAAAUCUGGUCAAUUGUUGCCAAAGACCUUAUCGUUAUGUCUUGUCUUCAGAAGGUUGUCCUCAUUGUCCUAUUCACCUGAGGUGUUCUCAUUUGGACUCCAUGUUAUGUAGUGUUAAUGCACCACUGCACCACAGUAGUCUGCCCAGCGAUUGGCUGCUACGGACGGGGGCACGCUGCUGCACAGGUCACUGCACAGGUCACUGCACAGGUCUGGGUGGUGUUUAGUGCAUUGUCUUCUCUCUAUAAGUGUUGCUCUUCAUAUGUAAAUGUUCAAGAAGGUGCUGAAGAAAGUAGUAAACCUCUGCAGCACUAGAACUUAAAAGGCAGACCAGUCAAAAAGAAGAAUAAAUGAAUUAAAUAGUUAUCUGUUUGAAAUAUUGUGUUCUCUCUUCAUUCAGUUGGUUAGAAAAAGCAAAAUAAAUAAAUUAUAUUUUUUCAUAUUACCCAAUUCAGUAGCUGUUUUUCAACUCAUAUCUUUUUUAUAAUUUAACAGCAUUUUGCGUGUGUGUGUGUGUGUUACAAACAGGAGUACAACAUAAGAAAUAUUAUUCUACCAGCUGACUGGUGUUGCAUCUCUAAAUUCAUCUCAUUCAUUUAGAUUUUUUUUACUUUUGUAAAAAAGGUGCCUUCAUAGCCACCACCCAAAUUUGUUCAUAUGGUUUUACAAAAGUAGCACGUUCUUAAAAUAGAUUUUUCGUUGACAAAACACCGUGAGCCAUUCAUAUGAGGUAAACUCCAGCACUGGGAAUAAAAUGUAGCGUAACUGUGGAUCAUUUUAUUGUUAACUGUCGUAUUCCUUUCCUUCUUACUGGAUGGAUCACUCUGUGUUACUGUAUCAUAAUAUCUCAGGGUUAAACUCAUGCAGUCAUGUAUCCGCAAAUAAUCUGUGCAGCCUGCAGGAACGAUUCAUGCCGUUGUACCUCCAGACAGGCCUCACGCUACAUUGUAUCUAUAAACCGAUCAAUAAAUGAUGAUCAAACUGUUAUUUUCCAACAGAAGAUCAAGAACUAUU